CUAUUUAUGCCAUUACUAUGGUUUAUUACUUAUUUAUACAACUCAUUCUUUUUAUUCAUUUCAUCAAUGAUAUCACCAAUAUACACACAAUUGCAUAUACUAUAGUGUGAACAAAACAAAAUCAUGAAAAUAUUAACAAAAAUGAAUAAUUCAAUAAAAUAAAACAAUACAAAAAAAACAUGCCACGUUCCCCGAUUUAAGUAUAUCCUCCUCUCCCCCUCCUUCCCUCAAUCUCUCUCUCUCACAUCCCUUUAUUGUUGGUUCGAUAAAAGUCUCGCAUACUCUUUAGAUUUUUCCUUACGAAAAUAUUUUCUCCAGAAAUGGCAGAGGCAAGUUUCUAUAUUGGAGUCGUAGGAAAUGUAAUCUCCGUACUCGUCUUCCUCUCACCAGUGGAGACAUUUUGGAAAAUAGUGAAGCGAAAAUCAACGGAGGAGUACAAAAGCUUGCCGUAUAUUUGCACGUUGUUAGGAUCGUCGCUAUGGACAUAUUACGGCAUCGUCACUCCCGGAGAAUAUCUUGUCUCCACCGUUAAUGGCUUUGGUGCUCUUGUUGAAAUCAUCUAUGUCUCCCUUUUUGUCUUAUACGCACCUCGACAUCUCAAGUUACACACAAUCGUGGUGGUAUCGAUGUUGAACGUCCUUUUCCCAAUCGCAGCGAUUGCGGCCACGAGAAGUGCGUUUAAAGAUGAGAAAACGCGUUCUCAAUCGAUGGGUUUCAUAUGUGCUGGUCUCAACAUUAUAAUGUAUGGUUCUCCUCUUUCUGCUAUGAAAACAGUAGUGACGACAAAGAGCGUGAAAUACAUGCCGUUUUGGUUGUCGUUUUUCCUCUUCUUAAACGGCGCGAUUUGGACCGUAUAUGCGUCACUCCAACACGAUGUUUUUCUACUUGUGCCAAACGGAGUGGGGUUUGUGUUUGGGACAAUGCAACUCAUACUAUAUGGAAUUUACAGAAACGCCAAACCCGUCGGUUCAAGGAAAGGCUCGAGUGAUAUUGUUGCAGAUGAAGAGAAUAGCCUCACGUCGCGUGUCCCUCUCCUCACUUAAACCAAUUUUUCUUCGUUUUACAACAAGCCACCUUUUAGAUUUUUUUUUCUUUUCUGGCAACUGUUUUUGUUGAUUUGGGUCGUUAUAAAUAUAAAUCUCAUCAUUUAUUGCCAUUA